AUGGCAGAGGAAGACUCACGCCCGGUUCAAUCUAACAUCUUUGAGGCCAUUGUUUCUGCAGACAUCCCUAGUCUCAGACAAAGUCUCGCAUCAAAGGAAGUGGACCUUGAAGCUCGAGAUCCUGUUGGUCGAACUGCACUGCAUCUGGCAAUUAUUGCAGCGUCGGCAGAGAUUUGCCAACAUCUGAUCGACAAUGGCGCUAGUUUGGAUGCAUGGACUGCACAAGGCGAAGCGGUAGUGCAUCUCGCUGCUAAGAGAGGCGAUGUAGAUGUUUUGCACGCGGUCAUGAAACCUCUCGAGGCAAAGAAGCUAGCUACUCAGGGCAAUGUCACCGCUGAUGAUAAAACGAAAGAUCGCACUGUACACGUGGAUUGCCUGACGCAGAAGCACCGAAUUUCACCACUCUACAUUGCUGUUGCUCUAGCACAUCCAGAAGUUGUGGAAGUUCUGCUAGAUACCUACCAUGCUGAUGUCAACAUAAUUGUUGGCAAAGAAGACAUCCAAAAAGGAACUCGAACCGCCGAUGUUCUUGAAGCAGCUCUUCAGCAUCCACGCGAUACCUGUCGUUCUCUCUUGAAGAUCCUAAUUCAACGUGGUGCCAGCUUGCUCAGCCCAUCAACAGGUACAGUAUCAAAGACGGUGCUUCUUCUAAUUUUGCAGAGAGACGAAGAUGUACUGGAUAUCUUUGCGGAACUCGACUCAGAAGCCUUCGCCCAUGCGAUCGGGAAAUAUACAUGGGGGGAAUCGAUGAGAUUCCAAAACGCUCUGACUUCUGCAAUCGAGAGUCGCCUUGAGGAUACGGCAUUCAAGCUUCUUUCAUAUGGGGCACCUCCAAAAAUAGAAUUCGACUCUUCCUUAGAUGCUCACAAAAAGGGUUCAUUUUAUAAUUUUGGAAAGACUGCUUUGGAAGCCGCCGAAGAGGAUUUCUGGCAGCCAAUUUUGUGUGCUGCUCAUUUUGAAAUGCCGCGGAUGGUGACGGAAUUGUUGAAUCGCGGAGUAGAUCCCAAUUCUCGUUUCACUGAUCACCAGGCUCGUAGCCUGAUUUGGUCUCGCGAUUCCCGCAGUGUCUUGGACCUAGUAAGUGUCAAACUUGCAGAGCUGCGUGGCUGGCAUAAAGAAGAUGAGACCGUCCCUCAGGAACUGGUAGGGACGCCGGAGGAGACUAACCAACGGGAUGGAAAGGAAAAUGCAGUUAUGCAGAUGAUCAAGCUGUAUGAAGAAGCAGAAGCAAAAUUAGUCUCUUUGGGAGCCAAGGUAACUGACGGGCUGAACGUUGAAGCCGCUGUGGAACCUCGACCUCAUAAAAGAGUUCAAUUACAUGCUCCUAGUCCUAAGGCACCAGCUGAGGUCUUACCACCUUCACAUAUAUCUACUGAUGAAAUCGACGUCAACAAGCUGGAAACAGAGGAAGAUGGACAGACGCUAUUACUAGCCGCUUGCAGAAACAAUGAUGUUGCGCUGGUAAAAGCACUUACAUUGGGCAGAUGGGGCAUCGACCUCAAGUUUCCCCCUAUUUCGAUAUCGGAGUGCACUGGCUACUCGAAAGGCCCUUACCACGCUGCUGUGGAAUCGCGAAAUUAUGACCUGGCUCGCACUAUAGUUCAAAUCUCGGCAGUUCAGCAGGCUGAUUUCGUGGAUAAUGAUGCAAACGAUCUAUCGAGUGCUUUAGCCGACGAUCAACACUCCAUUGAAAGCAUCAAGGGUGUUUCAGCUCAAGUCAAGUCAACGAAAUCGGCGAGAGCGAUUGUUCGCGACAGUGGAGCUAUCAAUUUUGCAGAACAUAAAAAAGACGAGGAGAUGUUCCAGUUUGCGGCUGAAAUGCACUACUCGUUUGGACUUGACGAAGACGAUGUCAAAAAUAGUCCUCGCUCCGUUUAUCAUAUGAUGGAAUGGGGAGAUUGGCCUGCGAGUGUCAUAGAGCGGGUUAAAGCAACCGGUGCUCCAUUUCAGCAUACCAUGGUUCAAGGAAAAUUGAAAGGCAGAAAGCAGGUUGACAGAAUUCGCCAUUUGUCUCCUCUUCUUCGAGCCGCCUGGUCUGGCAACAUAACUAUGGUGCGGAGCUUCCUUGAUAAAUCCAAAUUAAUGGCAGCAUACAAGCAUUUUGCUGCACACAACGACUUUUCAACCAACAAACUCGGCCCCGAACAAGCCCGAGCCGAUUUUAUGAGCGCCGUGAAGGAAUGGGUCAAUAAAGAAGAAAAUCUUGUCUUGCAUUGUGCCAUCUUGUCUGGUAAACCAGAACUAGUCAGACUUGUCCUCUCAGCUCGUCCGGAACUUCUCGAGGUCAAAUCUAUAGACGGAUGGACGCCCUUGCUGACAGCAGCAUUGUGCCAGCAGGUCGAGAGUAUACGUAUUCUUCUUGAAGCAAAGGCUAACCCCUUCGCCACCGAUACAUUUGGGCGAAAUAUGCUUCACCUUUUCCUAGUCUCGCCCACUGGGAAUUAUCCUUAUGAACUUGGAAAACUCUCUUCUUUUUUCCGCCUGGUGGAAAAGCCAGUACUUGAAAAGCUUCAAGAGGAGCGUUGUAUUGAAAGCCCCGGGGGGCUGACACCUCUUGCGCGUUGGGUAUCUUCCACUGUCAAGUAUGCGCCAAGCGCAGUAUCCAUCGAUCUGUUGGAGGCUUCUACAACAAAGCCGAUGGAGAUGUGGGACGGCAGAGGCUUCACACCUCUCCACACUGUCUCAAUCUUCUCGCGGGAACAUCUCAUUCGUCCAUUUAUCGAGAAAGCGCCUCAUGUCCUGUUCUAUGAGGACAUUGCCGGAAAAACCUCUCACGACAUCAUCAUCGAAAACCAGCUACAUGGAUAUCUGGAAUAUCUCAUGCCAAGUUAUACGCAAAGUGCUCGCUUUCCAUCGAAUAAACUGCUCCACUGGCCUCUAUUUGCCUUUGGUACAGAUUAUAAGGGCUCUUUACAGGAGAAACAGCCAUAUCGAGUUUGGGAGAUUUGCCGAGAUAUUGUUCAAUCGAUGAAGCCUGGGCUACAUCACAGGAAACUGCUCACUGAUGCUGACCGAAUGGAAAUCUCGCAGCUAUCAAAAGACAAGCAGAUGUCGAAGAAACCAAAAGGAGGUCCGCGCGAUGUGAUGACACUGGCUGUAUUCAAGCCUGGAUACUUGUGCUGGUAGGAAUAAGCUGCUUACUUGCCUGGUAAGUAUUUACUCUA